AUGGAUGUACAGAGUAGCAACCCGGGGUUUUAUGGGGCCGAGGAUCCGAUUGAAUGGGGCACAUCGAGAAAAGACGGGACGGAGCGGAGGGAUGUGCGAGCAUCAGCCAUAUCACGUGAUGUGCACCGCCACAUUGUAUCUCCAAGCCUCGUGCGGGACGCUUUCUUGGUCUGCGUUUUGCGUCGACAUCAAGGUCAACACCAGCAACGACCAUGUCAAGAUGACAACACAUCCCCUUCAUGGCCCGAGGCAGGCUGCGAUAUGAUCCAGCCUGCAAUUGCAGCGGGCUUGGCCGAGGCCUGCUGUUGGCAUCCGUCGUCCAGAGCCUCACUUCGAGGCAAGGCCAAGGCAGCCUUGCUCGAGUUGAGCAAGUGUUUCCCCUCGCUUCUUCUCUUUGCUGUCAUCCUCAUGCGCCAUCAGAGCGACCCUGCUGUGGCCAGUGGCCAUGUGCUACACAUUCAGCGGCAGCCUUUCCUGCCUCGCCCAGGGCCCUCUACGACACUCACUCACUCACUCAGCCCGCUCCCCCAUGGUUCCUGGUCCCAAGUGGGAUUUGCGGGUCGGGUUUACUUCGGCUGGCGCAACAUUCCCGCAAGCUCGAUCCGACGAAUGGGAGCGCCGAACAGAGCUCAUCAGCAAACUCUGAGGGAGACACACACACUCACAGAGAGAGAGAGGGGGGAGAAGAGGGAGAGAGAGGGCCUGACGGGCAGAAGCACCAAGCAUUCGGCGGAAACAGCAGCAGCAUCAGACUCUGGCGUCCGUGGACCGCGAACAGGAGCCCGUGGACCUCGACGGGCAGCAAAUGACAGCAACAGCAGCAGCAGUAGGCACCAAGCAUCCCCCCUUCGCUCUCACCUCCCACACACCGCACCGACCCGCGAUUUUCUUGCUUGCACCGAAAGCUCCCUCGCUCCCCAUUCGCCCCCCCCCCUGUUCUUCGACUCCUGCGGUCUGCCCGUCACCGACGAACAACAACAAUCACCGUCAGUCUUGGAGCUAAAUUUCUGCCAUCUCCAUCCACCUCCACCAAAGCUUCCCUCGACAACCCCUCCAACUUCAACACCAACCCGCAACAGGCAUCUACAAAUAGAAGGCUGUAUUUUCUCCGCCCACUUACUUGCAGUCGACAACUCGCAUUUCCGCUCCGGCCGAACCCUCGAAUUUUAUCCCACCCACCCCCCGAGUUCAUCGACUCUUUUUUUUCGCGUUUCCGCCUCGAUAUCAACAAUGGCCGGCGGCAAGGGAAAGUCUGGCGGAAAGACGUCCGGAGGCAAGGCUACGGCCGAGGUCCCCAAGAAGCAACAGAGCCACUCUGCUCGCGCUGGUCUCCAGCCGUCGCAGCUUGCUAACCACGGACCCUUUCAGUUCCCAUGCGGUCGUGUCAAGCGUUUCCUCAAGGCCAACACCCAGAACAAGAUGCGCGUCGGUGCUAAGGCUGCCAUCUAUGUUACUGCCGUGCUUGAGUACUUGACUGCUGAAGUUCUUGAGCUUGCAGGCAACGCCGCCAAGGACCUCAAGGUCAAGCGUAUCACCCCCCGCCACCUCCAGCUUGCCAUCCGCGGUGACGAGGAGCUCGACACCCUGAUCCGUGCCACCAUCGCCUUCGGUGGUGUUUUGCCACACAUCAACCGCGCGCUCCUUCUCAAGGUCGAGCAAAAGAAGAAGGCCAAGGCGAUCGAGGCAUAA